AUGAGCGCCCACGAUCUUCGCAUGCAAGAUGCUCACGACGAGUCAAAGCCGCCAGCCAUACCCCUUCGUAAUCCCAUCCAUCCCUCUGUCAUCGAUCGGUUAGAUCCUGCCUUUGUCAAAUUGUACAACGACUACAUCGCAAAUGGCCCUCCUGCUUCCACCGAUCUAAAUCUUGUCCGCCAAAACUAUUCAGCCUUGUACUCCUACGCCACUUCGCCUGCGACCGGUGUGGGUGGUAUUGGAGAGACUCAGGUACCAGGAUGGGAUAAAUACCCAGGGGACAUCAAUGUCCGAGUCUACGUGCCGCCCGGAGAAGAACCAGGACAGCGCAAAGUAUGGCCGGUACACUUCAAUUUCCACGGCGGGGGCUGGGCUGUAGGUGACCUCGAGACCGAUGCCCACAUCUGUCACCACAUUUGUGCCUCUGUUCCCUGCUGCGUGAUCGAUAUUGAGUAUCGACUGAUUCCUGAGUAUCCUUUUCCAAUCGGCAUUAUGGACGGUUUAACGGCUGUUGCCCAUAUCCUCGCGAACCACAAAACCUUCUCCAUCGACUCAACAAACAUGACUUUUGGUGGAGAAUCUUCUGGGGCCACCAUCGCACUUAUCUUGAACCAUCUCUUCCGAGAUGGCGGGUUCGGAGAUAAGCUAAAGGGUGUCAUCGUCGGUACGCCAACAAUAAGUGAUGUGAGGAAAUAUGCGACCCCUAAUAUGAGCCCAUGGCCGAGCAUGCGAGAGGCCGAGUUUGCUCCCCUCCUGAAUUGGGAGAAAUUGAAAUGGUUCGAUACGUUCAAAUGGAUGUCGCUGUCAAGUCAGCACCCCGGAACUCGACCAAAGGACCAAAGGCGAGAUAUUUCCUGGUUUGCCGACGCUAUGAAGGCUCCCGAUUUUAAGGAUCUAGCCCCAUUGACCUAUAUCGCUACUGCCGAAGUCGAUCCUUUGAGAGACGAAGCUGAGGCAUAUGCGCAAAAGGUUGAGGAAUCUGGAAAUAAAGUCAUCAUGAGGAGAUUUAAAGGUGUGCCACACCCUUUCAUGCACAUGGACAGAGUUCUGCCUCAGGGCCGCGAAUAUGUUCAAGAUGUGAUUUCGCAUAUUCGACAAUGCUUGUACCCACCUCCUCCUUCUCCCCCUGCUGCUGCUGUCGCCACACCACCAGACACCUAA